GUCAAACAAUAGAGUAUUUAAAAUUAAAGCAGAAAUUAACUAUUGUUUGUUAGCAAGAAGUACAGUACAAUCUGUAUUACUACAAGCCAUAGACAAUGGCUGGCAAUAUGACAGCGGAAAGUGCGGCAGAUCUGGGGCUCUGUAUGAAAGACACGGCCAUACAGUUUACGGAACAACUGUUGUCCCUCUUCUACAUAUUGUCUCCUUUAGAUCACACCAAAGAUCACGCAAAGGAUGUCCCCAAUUAUGAAGUGGCCUUGUUUCCAGCGGCCGGUUUCCUGGUGGUGUUGGAACAGAUCAUUAGGUUCUUCCAGAAAAAAGACCUAUCCCGAUUCCAGGACAUUGUAGUCAAUAUAGGCUCGUUGCUGUUGUUCACGUUAACAAGAGCCAUAUUGUUAGGUGUGGUUGUUGUGGUGUAUUCAUACAUUUACGACAACUACCGCAUUGUGGACCUGCCGUUGCACUCAGUCUGGACGUGGCUUUUCUCGCUAUUGUUGGUUGAGUUCAUGUACUACUGGACCCAUCGGGCACUUCACGAGAUCAAUAUCUUUUGGGCGGCCCAUCAGUUCCAUCACAUGGCAGAGGACGUCAACAUUACCACAACCAUCAGGGACUCAGUGGUCGAUCUGGUUCUUUACGAUAUAUUCCCGAUGCCACUGGCGAUAAUAGUGCCGCCGCCCAUACUUAUAGUGCACAUCCAAUUCAGUCUAAUAUACCAGAUAUGGCUGCACAACGAAGUGGUGGGCCAUUUGGGGCCCAUUGAGUACAUAAUCAAUACUCCCCGUCAGCAUCGCGUACAUCACGGAAAGAAUCCCUACUGUAUUGACAAGAAUUAUGGGGCGUUUCUCAUGAUAUGGGACCGCAUUUUUGGCACAUAUCAGACCGAAAAGGAAAAGAUUGUGUUCGGAGUCGUCUCUCCGACGCCCAACACAUUUGACUCAAUGACCCUUCAGUUUGGCUAUUAUAAAGAUGUGGCCAAAAAGUUUAAUUCCGUCGAUGGUAUUGGCAAUAAGCUGUCGGCCCUAUUCAAGGGCCCGGGAUGGGGACCCGGCAAACCACGGCUUGGUUUGCUCAAAGAGGUGCCCGAACCCGAUCCGGCCGCUCCCAAGUACUCAUACGAUCCGUUUAUUCCGUUGUGGCGCAAGUUUUAUGUGUUAUUACACGGCACUAUCGUUUUGGUGGCAUUCAUACAAUUGGCCGAUCAUCCAUAUAUU